ACUAUUGAAAAUGCAAUAACAACAACAAAAGCAUGUCAAAGUUUGCCUUAUCAAUUGUGGUUUAUCAGCGGCUUAUCACACUGUCUAUGGCUCAAUAAUUGAGGACACAAUGGUCUGUGAACUGAACUAUUUAUGGGAUUAGUUGCUGGUGCUUUCUGGAGUGGGAUAGUUUGUUUUUUUUUUGUGACGAACGGAGAACAUCUCUAUGAUAAAUCCGCGGUGCUGUUAUCAGUCUUGUUUUUGUGAUAAAACCACCCCCGGAAGUGAUUGAGCAAUGAAAUUAAUUCAAUUCCGCAACUGCCGGCUCGUCCGGAAUCACUUAAUCGUCAGGGAGGAUCUCUGGGUCCGCGGGGGGAAGAUCAUUGACCCAAUGGGGGUAUUCUUUGACGAACAACGACACAGUGAUGUCCAAAUUGAUUGCCACGGUGCUCUUAUUGCUCCUGGGUUCAUUGACCUGCAGAUAAACGGUGGGUACGGCGUGGAUUUCUCUCACGAUGUCAACAGUGUUCAGGAGGGGGUGUCCAAAGUGGCCAGAGGGUUGCUCUCGCACGGAGUAACGUCUUUCUGCCCAACCCUCGUAACCUCCCCAAUUGCCACGUACACGCAAGUUUUACCCAAAAUCCCACGAAGAGCAGGAAGUGCAGAAGGAGCUACAAUCCUCGGGGUACAUCUUGAGGGUCCCUUCAUCAAUCCCAGCAAGAAGGGAGCUCAUCCCGAGGGGUGUAUCCGGGAAUUUUCACGUGGAUUUGAUUCUCUGCUGGAAGUUUAUGGGGAUUUGCAGAAUGUAUCAAUUGUCACCAUUGCGCCAGAGAAGGAAAAUGCCAAGGAAGUGAUUGAGGAGCUAACAAGGAGAGGAAUUACCGUCUCCCUAGGACACACAAUGGCAAAUCUCAAGGAAGGCGAGCUCGCGUGCCAGCAUGGAGCAACUCUCAUAACGCAUCUCUUCAAUGCAAUGCUACCAUUCCACCAUAGAGAUCCUGGGAUUGUGGGUCUCUUGGCGUCCAAUAGAAUCCCACCCGGGAAGACAAUCUACUACGGAAUCAUUGCCGAUGGGAUUCACACGCAUCCUGCAGCUCUGCGAAUAGCCUACAGAGUUCAUCCCGAAGGGCUAAUCCUCGUCACGGAUGCCAUCUCCGCAAUGGGACUCUCCGAAGGUACUCAUCACAUUGGCCAGAUGUCUGUGGAUGUUUCCGGUGGGAGAGCCUAUGUGGCCGGGACGAAGACUCUCUGUGGCAGCAUUGCACCCAUGGAUGAAUGCGUGAGGAUCUUCCUGGAGUCAGCAGGAUGUGACACGGUGUUUGCUCUGGAAGCAGCCUCCCUAGCACCGGCAAAAUGCCUCGGAAUUGCUGGCAAGAAGGGUACCUUGGACUUUGGAGCAGAUGCAGACUUUGUCCUGCUGGACGACAAGCUGGGAGUGUGUUCAACGUGGAUUUCAGGGGAAUGCGUUUACCGGAAUCCGGAAAAGGUGGCCCCCAUCGUCACUGAAUCAUGAUGUUCUCUCUCCAGGAUACUCAAUAAAAAAAAUGAUUUUAUUUUUA